GGUUGGAUUAUGAAUGAAGGUCGCUAUCCUUCGUGACAAUAUUCUAGGUCUUACUUAUCCCCAUCUAGUGGCGGUGCCAAGACUUAGGGUUUCCAGGUUUUUACCUGUCUCUCCGCCAUCACCGUAAUCCUACGCCUUAUUCUUUUUCGUCUCUCCGCAAAUCCGCGACGAUGCCGGGCGUUGACUCGCUGCUGAUGGAGUGGCUUGCGAAGAAGGUACGGGAUACCUUCAUCAAGUUCUUCGAAGGCAAGAAUCACGUCAAUUGGAAGUCUAGCCCUGUCGUUCCUCACAAUGAUCCCACUCUCUUGUUCGUUAAUGCCGGUAUGAACCAGUACAAGCAGAUUUUCUUGGGGACUGUGGAUCCAAACACUGCUAUGAGUAAGCUCACCAGGGCGUGCAACACUCAAAAAUGUAUUCGAGCUGGCGGGAAGCAUAAUGAUCUUGAUGACGUAGGAAAAGACACCUAUCACCAUACCUUCUUUGAAAUGUUAGGGAAUUGGUCUUUUGGGGACUAUUUCAAGAAAGAGGCAAUUGAGUGGGCUUGGGAACUCCUCACUAAGGUUUAUGGCCUGCCUACAGAUCGUAUUUAUGCCACUUACUUUGGCGGUGAUGAAAAAGCUGGUCUUCCUCCUGAUAAUGAAGCUAGAGAUUUAUGGCUUAAUUUUCUGCCCCCUGGACUUGUACUGCCAUUUGGUUGCAAAGACAAUUUCUGGGAGAUGGGUGAUACAGGUCCUUAUGGGCCUUGCACUGAAAUUCAUUAUGACCGAGUGGGCAAUCGUGAUGCUGCUUCAUUGGUGAAUAAUGAUGAUCCCACUUGUAUUGAGAUAUGGAACCUUGUUUUCAUUCAGUUUAAUAGGGAAAGUGAUGGCUCUCUAAAACUUCUUCCAGCAAAGCAUGUUGACACUGGAUUGGGGUUUGAGAGAUUGACAUCGGUACUACAGAACAAGAUGAGCAAUUAUGAUACAGAUGUGUUCUUGCCUAUUUUUGAUGUUAUCCAACAGGUCACAGGUGCACGCUUGUAUUCUGGAAAAGUUGGGCCCGAUGAUGUGGACAAAGUUGACAUGGCUUAUAGGGUUGUUGCUGAUCAUAUUAGAACUUUAUCCUUUGCAAUUGCUGAUGGUGCUUCUCCAGGCAAUGAAGGACAUGAAUAUGUCUUAAGACGUAUUCUUCGUCAUGUUGUUCGCUACUGCAGUGAGGUCUUAAAAGCUCCUGAGGGAUUUUUCAGCAGGCUUGUAAGGAUUGUGGUGGAGAUCAUGGGUGAUGUUUUCCCAGAGUUAAAGCAGCAUGAGGCACACAUUGGAGAUAUAAUUGCUGCAGAAGAGGCGAGCUUUGGGAAGACUUUGGUGAAGGGAAUCGAGAAAUUUAAGAAGGCAACUCAGGAUGUUCAGGGGAGGGUUUUAAGUGGGCAGGAUGCAUUUAUCUUGUGGGACACAUAUGGUUUUCCAUUAGAUUUAACUCAGUUGAUGGCAGAGGAAAGAGGUUUGAUAGUAGAUGUUGAGGGUUUCAAUAAUGCCAUGGAUGAGGCCAGGGAAAAGUCAAGGAGUGCAAGAAAUAAGCAAGCUGAUGGUGCUAUUGUCAUGGAUGCUGAUGCUACCUCUGCACUGCACAAGAAGGGGGUGUCUACAACAGAUGAUUCCUUCAAAUUCAUUUGGUUCAAGGACCAUGAAAGUGUGAUAAAGGCCAUAUACACUGGUUCUGAGUUUGUGGAAAGUGCGACCACUGGCGAUGAUGUUGGUAUAGUUUUGGAAUCUACAAGUUUCUAUGCAGAGCAAGGUGGCCAGAUUUUUGAUAUCGGAUCUCUUGAUGGUCCCUUCGGUUCCUUCCAAGUAUGCAAUGUUCAAAUUUUUGGAGGUUUUGUACUUCAUAUUGGUUCUCUCUCUGGAGUUACUGUCAAAUUCUCUGUUCGUGAUAAAGUAACUUGUAAGGUUGACUAUGACAGACGGGGGUUGAUUGCUCCUAACCAUACUUGCACACAUAUGUUGAACUAUGCUCUUAGGGAAGUGCUUGGUAAUCAUGUUGACCAGAAGGGGUCUAUUGUUCUUCCUGAAAAACUGAGGUUUGAUUUUUCCCAUGAUCCAAACAGAGAUGGUGCCAUCAAUGCUGAUCAUUUGAGAAAAAUUGAGUCUAUUGUGAAUGAGCAAAUAAAAUCUGAGUUGGAUGUAUAUUCAAAGGAGGCAACGCUUGCUGAAGCCAAGCGUAUCAACGGUUUGCGAGCCGUAUUUGGAGAAGUUUAUCCCGAUCCAGUUAGAGUAGUGGCCAUUGGUAAGAAGGUGGAGGACCUCCUUGCUGAUCCUGAAAACAUAGAAUGGUCAUCCAUUUCAUCGGAACUGUGUGGAGGCACGCACAUAACAAAUACACGGGAAGCAAGGGCAUUUGCUCUUUUAUCUGAGGAGGGAAUUGCUAAAGGGGUUCGAAGGAUAACUGCUGUUACUACUGAGAGUGCUUUGAAGGCAAUGGAAUUAGGUGGCCAGCUUUUGAAGGAAGUAGAUGAUGCAUCCAAGCUGGAAGUAUGCUUGCUGGAGAAGAAAGUGGCUUCUGUAAAAACUAGUGUGGAUUCUGCAUCAAUUCCUGCUGCCCAGAAGGCUGAUAUAAGGGCCAAAAUUGCGCAACUUCAGAAUCAACUGAAAAGGGCACAAAAAAAGAUUGCCGAGCAAAAUAUGCAGAAGGCUGUUGCGACAGCAACCGAAUUGGCUGAAGUUGCUGCCAAAGAGGGGAAGACUUUCUACGUCACUCGUAUCGACAUUGGUUUAGACGCAGCCGCUCUUCGUGAAGCAGUUUCAAAAGUUAUUCAACAGAAGGGAAUGCCGGUUAUGAUUUUCAGUAUCGAUGAAACCACAAACAAGGCUGUCGUCUAUGCCGGCGUACCCGAGAAAUCUUAACAGAGCAAGCAAUUGGAAGUGUCAGAGUGGUUAACAAAUGCCCUAGGGCCUCUAAAGGGGAGGUGUGGCAGAGGCAAGGGCGGUCUUGCUACAGGACAGGGAACCGACAUAUCACACGUUAACGACGCCAUGGACUUGGCAACUUCAUUUGCUUCAAUGAAGUUAACAUGAAACAAUUCUCUGCAUGGAAGAAGCUUUGGUGCUGUUAAAUCGGUAUGGAGA